AAGGAAUAGUUUAUCUCUCUUGCCAAACCUGUUUAUGUCUGAGGUUUUAGCUGAAACAAGAACUUGAACAGCUACAACAAAAUACUAUUUGAAGCUAUUGACCAGGACAAUUUUCUCUACCUGAUGCAGAUGUGGACUAUAACUCCUAGAAUUUCCAUCAUCAUGACCCUUCUUAAACUAUAGUUCAACAGAUCUGAAGGACACCAAAGAACUUUCUUCUCUAGGUUUCUUACUGGUAUCCUCCAUCUCUAAUUCUCCUUGUCAUGGAAACCAUUUCUAACAUUCUACAGGAUGUGCGUGAUUACUGGGCUGAUCAUUUUUCUCGUAAAUUCUAUCCAAGAAGGCCAACACUUCGCCAAGCAACUUCAUUAUCCACCUUUUAUUUAUUGGACUACAAAACUCGACAAGCUGAACUUGGAAUGGACUAUGACUAUCCAUGUGCUCAGCUGAACAAAUCAAAAUUUGUCUUCCACAAUGGUGAGUGGAAAAAUGAGAAUAUCCCCCAACAGAUGCCCUUAUUACAGUUAUUCCCCUCUCCAGAUAAGGAAUCACCCAACAAGGCCCUGAAGAAAGCAAACAAAUCCUUACUGGAAGAGAACAAUUACUUGAAGCUGCAGCUUGAGCUGCUUAUGGACAUGCUGACGGAGACCACAGCACGACUACAUUUAGUGGAAAAAAAGCUGGACACUACUACUUGGCAUUCAAAUACGAAAAAGUCAAAUAACAAGGUGCUUAUGCUUCGAGCUUAAUAAACAGCUUAGAUAUAAGACCUAAAACAAUUGUAUUUCUGAAGUAUUGGCGUCCAGACCCUUAAUACAAUCUUGCAAAAAAUAAUUUUGUAAUGGCUUUGAUUGUGUUUAGUGUGUUUUUGUUUUGACUCAUUGAGGUGUUGGGGAGCAAGGAAAUCCUGCCUUUAUAUAUUCACUUCUGAUGAUGGCUGGACUCACAAUCAGCAGCAAUUGCUUCUUGAAUAGUCUUUGCUUCUGAUGUGACCACCUGUCCCAGAAGCAACUCUCCAGCAUGACUUUCAGGAUACCGAAUCCACUGUUUCUACUCUUAUUUCCUAGCAGAUAUAUAUAAAUGGGAAUUUUCCAGGGUCUACAAUAGGCUAACAGCAGAGGCUGGCAGUGCCACCUAGCACACUGCUUCAUGGGCCACUGCUAGAAGUCAUCUGUUCCGUUGUGUGACUGUCACCUUUCUCUUCCUAAGAAUCCAGUAUCUGCUAUCAGACAGCAAUGCAAUUAGAGCAGCAGACUUGAAGAAAAUGCAACAAUGUCCCACUUAUUCCCUUCUGCACUGUGGCUUGCUAGUUACCUGCUUGUGCAUAGAUAACUUGACCAAAUUAGAGUCUCCAUUUGUCCAUGGAAACUGGCAUUGUCCACCCUUAUGGCCAAUGGCUUCCCAGGUUCUUUGGCAGAAAAGGCAAUCUUAUUACUUGUGACCUGAUUCUUUUAAAUCAAGGUGCUGGAGAUUAAAUCUGAGGUUCAUCAUCAUCAUGUACUGUAGAUGUGUAUUUUAGUGUACUGUAAUCAAGUAUAGUAACAUACUAUAUGCAAAUGCAGAUGUCUCUUCAGCUGGACUCCCAUUGUUUAUAUGUACUGUAUGUAUAUGUGUGUGUCUCCUGUUUUCUGUUCUGUAAUAUUUGUGUUUUCAAUUUGUGCUCUUGUGCAGUUUUUAAAAUUUCCAAUAUUUUGUUGAUCAUUACAUGUUUAAUUGAAAAAAGCUGUCUCUGACAGAGUAAUUUAUAUUGUUAUGUCAAGAAAUGCAUUUAAGAUGAGCACUUUGUAAAUAUUCAGCCUGUUUAUGAUUCUGCUGAUUUUGUGAACCAUUAAAUUUGGCUAAUUGAG